CAACCAAAGCAUUUGCACAGACGCACGGCGCCACGACGGGCUCCACCGCGUGCCAAACUAAAGGAGUAACGGAGUUUUCUUAUCAGUUGCCUUGGCCAUCGAUCGCACUGCUGCUGCUGUUACCGUUGCUGUCGGUGUCGCUGUCGCUGUCGCUAUUGCUGUUCCUUUCACUCUCACUGUGAGGACUAGUCACUCGAAUCGAAUGUUAGUUAGUGUUGUUGCGCGCGCUGAACAGAGCGAGGGCUAGACCUCGCAAAAGUUGUGCUUGUCCUUGCUUAGGGCUAGAGCACCUAGCACUAGAACACUCUCCCGCUGAGAGUGUGCCGUGUCGUGUGCGUGUGAGUGUGUUGGGUGUGCGUGCUAAUGGCCUUGUGAUGUGUGUUCAAAGCUAAUCGUUAUGCAAUUGCCUCGCGUCUUUAUCGGAUUCCAGUGAAAUAAUGUCUUUGAAACGUUAUGCAACGCUGCUCGCGGCGGUCACUCCACAGAAUCCGCCCAAUGCAACAACAAGAGCGGUCUCAACAGUCGUGUCCAUAACAACCAUUGCCCCAUCAUCAUCAUCAUCCGUCGCUCCAAGCAGCAGCAGCAGCAGUAGCAGCGAGGAGUCCCAGUCCCAGUCGCAGGAGCAUGGCACCAGCUCAUCCUCAUCAUCCUUUACCACCUACUACAGCAGCGGCUUGGGUCUGUAUCAUCAGCGUGGUGUAUCCGGAUCAGCAGGCAGUGUCGGUGGCGGAGGGGGCGCAGCAGGAGCUGGCGGACCCCAGACAUAUGCAAAUGUUGUCAACGGCAACGUGAAUCUGCUGCUGGGCGGCGCCAUGCUCUCCCUGGUGACAACCAUAUUGUGCGUCGUCUGCUAUUGUUGCCACCGCAACAUCAAAAAGCGCACAGAGGCCGCCUACAGGCAGCAGCAGCAUCAAUGGCUGGAGACGGAUCCCAAUAUGGAAAUCUAUAGCGUUGAGCAGUGCUACGAGACAUCUGGACUAUUCCUGGGCGACUCCACAGACGGACUGUCCGUUAUGCCGACCCUGCACCACGAGCCGCCGCCCUCCUACGAUGCGGUGGUGCUGCACGAGCAGCAGUUGCUGCAGCAACAACAGCAGCACCAGCAGCAGCUGGAGCAGCUCCAGCUGCAGCAACAGCAGAUCCUGAUGCAGCGGAUCUCGCCCCCGCCCGGCUAUCGAUCCUCGCUGGACAUCAGCACCCACCACCAUCCCCACGGGCCGGUCGGCGGCUGCAGCCGUGGCACGCCCGAUGGCAGUGUGGAUGCCAUGGCCAGUGGAUCGGGGGCAAUCAGAGGAGGAGGAGGAGGAGCAGCUGCAGCUGGAUGCGGAGCCGCGGUCAACAAGGAACUGCAGCUGGCGCUGAACGCCCAGUCCUGCUGCUCCCUGCAGCGGGCGGAGGUGGAGAGCAUGUGGAAUGCUACGGAAAUGGAGAGCAUGUGGAAUGCAGGUGCGGCUGCGGUUGCCGCCCGACGUGGAAAUUGCCUGGAAAUGGAAACAGUGCCGCCACCACCAGCGGUACCUCUGGCCCUGCAGGGCAGGAAGCACGGUGGUCAGCAGGGCUUCGGGCUGAACACCUUGGGGCGUCGCUACCUGCAGCAGAGCCACCAGCACAGUCACUACCGACAGGGCUGUCCGCUGUGUGGCAAGUUCCGCUACGAGGCGGAAGCGGAAGAUGAGGUGAGCCCAUGUGCCUUGUCUGUGGAAAGCGGCCUCAAUGUGGGCUCCAUGAGGAGCAGCGAAGUGCCGCCAGAGGAUGCCAACGAAAAUAGAAUGUUGGCAAGUGCUGAGCUGGCAACAUGUCCCUGCCCCUGCUCCACCAACUGCGACAACGAGGAUGGAAACGGCAACCACAUGAUUGGCGAAUCCCAGCCAGAAGAUGAGGCAAAUGGGAAUGCCCAACCCGCAACACAGGAAGCAAUCAACGAGCCAACCACCACAACCAUCACCGAUGUCAACGAUGAAAAUGACAACGCAUCUGUGGCAGCCACGUCAUCGGCCCGGAAUGAGGAGGAGCUGGCUGCUGCCAGCCAGGAUUUGAGCAACAUCAACGAGAACGGCUUUAUCAGCCUGGAUAUGAGCAAAAUCAUUGACAGAUCGGGUCUGCCCACAUAUGAGGGAGCCCUGAAGCUGGAGUCCAGUGGCUAUGUGUAGGAGACCCAAGAGGAAGAUCAUCCCUUGUGUUAGCUAUAAUCUAUAGAAACCUAAAUCACAAAUGUGCUUUAAUUAUGGAAUAAGAUGGCACUCUCUUUUGGACAGCUGUGAAAUGGCAAAAAGGUUUUUGGUUCACUCAACGCACUAGUUAAUCUGUUUGUAGUUCCUUUAGUUAAAUAGUUAAUCGUUUUGUAGUUCCUUUCUCAGGUCUGACUGAUCUCACAGAAUGGAUUAAGAUUCGUUUUGUUUAUCGUUUAUCUCAUGGAUUAUUAUAAAUUAUUUUCUACUAUCAAAGACACAUAGAACAUCCCUACAGGAUCAAUUGUAAUCAGCCUUACUGUCCACACAAUACAUACCUUAACUUUACGAUCUCUUUGGAUCUCUGCUAAGUACACAUGUCGUUAUUCUUACGAUCCCCCAGAUCUCUCUCUAUCACUCGUUGUAAGCAAAGAAAGUAUAAAGAAAAAAUAUAAUCCUAAUUUCUAGUGUUAGGCCCAUAUGCAUAUCCCUGUAAAUGUUCGUUUCAGGCAAAGAAUAUCAAUAAAAAAACAAGCAAAAAAAUAAAAAUAAAAUCCCCAAUGAAGGUGCAACAGCUCCCCAUCGG